GCGUUCCUCCAGCGCGCCACGCGACCGCCGUCCGCAACAGACACCCUUUCGCGCAUCCCCCUUCUCCAGCCCCCGACCAAGAACGCCUGCGCAAACGGCGGCGCAAACGGCGACGCACACGGCGCCGCAGACGGCGGCCGGAACGGGCGCGUCGGCGGCGCUGCCGACUGCGUGCGCGGGCCCGGGGCGAUGGUUGAUGUGGCGGCGGCGGCCGCCGCGGAUUUCGGAGUCGAGAUGGACACCAUCGUGGAGAGGUCCCUGAGCGGGGCCAGCGGUGCCGGGGGCGAUCCGGCGGCUGCGGGUGGCGGCGACACCGCAGUAUGCCCGUAG